CGCCUUUCCAGUCCGCCUGGGCGGGGUCCACGCAAGCCGGCCCGGACCAUGGAAACGGUGCUCAUGUUGAUCUUCCACUGGUUUCUCCAAACCAAACCUCUUCACAGUGCCUGUGUUCCAGCUGUUCCACAUUCAGAACCAUAAAAUCCUCUUCAUUUGGCAGCCCAAAGCCCCAGCUGGAAACAAAGCAAUAUGCUGCAUCAGGUCAAUGGCCAAAAAACAGACUCCCUUUCUGGCAGUGACCCUCUCAGGGAAGAUCUACAAGUUUUCCUGGAGAGCGAGGUCCAGUUGGCUGAGUUGGAUGAUCUCACAAAGGUGAAUCCUGUGACUCCAGCAACAGUCCUGAAGUGUCUGCAGGAGAGGUACCACAUGGAUGUGUUCUACACCAAUGCCGGCUGCACUCUUGUGGCUCUGAACCCCUUUAAACCUGUCCCUUACCUCUAUUGCCCUGAGCUGAUGAAGGACUACCACGUAGCACCUCAACUCCAGAAACUAAAGCCUCACAUCUUCACCGUGGGCGAACAGACCUACAGGAAUGUCAAGAGCUUGCUAGAACCUGUCAACCAGUCCAUCAUUGUUAGUGGGGAGAGUGGAGCAGGGAAGACUUGGACAUCUCGGUGCCUGAUGAAGUUUUAUGCCACAGUCGCUAAUCCCUCUGCCUCUCAAGAGAGCCACGAGACAGUGGAGAGAAUUGAGAAGAGAGUCCUGGAUUCUAAUCCAGUCAUGGAGGCUUUUGGAAAUGCUUGUACUCUCCGCAAUAGCAACAGCAGCCGUUUUGGAAAGUACAUCCAGCUUCAGCUGAACAGAGCUCAGCAGAUGACUGGAGCCUCUAUCCAGACAUACCUCCUGGAGAAAACUCGAGUUGCCUACCAAGCCCCACUGGAGAGGAAUUUUCAUAUUUUCUAUCAGAUUGCCAAAGGAGCCAGUUCAAGUGAGAGGCUAGAGUGGCACCUGCCUGAGGGAGCAGCUUUCUACUGGCUCCCCAAUUCUGAGAGGACCUUGGAAGAGGAUUGCUUUGAAGUGACCAGAGAUGCCAUGCUCCACCUGGGCAUUGAUCACUCCAUUCAAAACAACAUCUUUAAGGUCUUGGCAGGCUUGCUGCAUCUUGGCAAUGUCCGCUUUGCUGACUCGGAGGAUGAAUCCCAGGUUUGCCAGCCACAGGAAGAUGCUAAAUGUUGUGUAGCGACGGUAGCCUCUCUGCUCCAGAUCCCCUGUGAGGAGCUGCUGGACACGCUCCAGGUCCGGAGGAUCAGCGCCGGGAAGCAGCAGCAGGUCUUCAGGAAGCCAUGCUCCCGGGCCGAAUGUGAGACCAGGAGAGACUGUCUGGCCAAAGCCAUCUACGGCCGGUUGUUCGAAUGGUUAGUGUUUGUCAUCAAUGGGAGCAUCUGUGCAGAGCCCUCCUCUUGGAGCACCUUCAUCGGGCUCCUGGAUGUGUACGGGUUUGAAUGUUUCCCCAACAACAACCUGGAGCAGCUAUGCAUUAACUAUGCCAAUGAGAAGCUGCAGCAACACUUUGUGGCUCACUACCUGCGAGCCCAGCAAGAGGAAUAUGCUGCAGAGGGCUUGGAGUGGUCUUUCAUCAGCUACCAGGACAAUCAGAGCUGCCUGGACCUGAUUGAAGGAAAUCCUGUGAGCAUCUGUUCCCUCAUAAAUGAGGAGUGUCGCCUCAAUAGAUUGUCCAACAGCAUCCAGCUCCAGACUCGAAUUGAGAAGGCCCUGUCCAGCAAUGCCAGCCUGAGCCGAAACAAGCUUAGCAAGGAGCCCAAUUUUAUCAUCUCUCACUAUGCUGGUCCCGUGCAGUAUCAGAUCGAGGGCAUGGUUGAGAAAAAUAAGGAUCCAGUUCCCCCAGAGCUGACUAAGCUCCUGCAGCAUUCCCAGGACUCUCUGCUUCAGCAACUGUUUCCUUCCCAAGAAAAGGAACAGAAUGACCCUUCAAACCAGAGCAGAGCCCCUGUAGUUACUGUGGUAUCCAAAUUCAAGGGUUCCCUGGAGCAACUCAUGCAGGUCCUGCACAGCACGACACCCCAUUAUAUUCGUUGCAUCAAACCCAAUAGCCAAGGCCAGGCUAAGAAGUUCCAGGCAAAAGAGGUCCUGAGCCAGCUUGAAGCCUGUGGCAUAGUGGAGACUGUUCACAUCAGUGCUGCUGGUUUUCCCAUCAGAGUCUCUUUCCAGAGUUUCCUUGAACGGUAUGCCCUGCUAAGAAAGCUUGUCCACCCCAGCCAAGCCUCUCUGCCAGACUACCCAGCUCUUCUCCCACAAGGAAGCCCUCUGCCCUCUUUUUGCCAGAGGUCAGAGGAUGCCAUGCCUCAGUCCCUCAUCAGGGACAUUCUUCUGACUCUACCCCACUCAGUUCACACAGCAACUGUUCUCAGAGAUCACCCAGAGGCCAGGCUGGCUCCCGGCCUAAUUCACUGUGGAAGAACCAAGGUGUUCAUGACUGACCCUAUGCUGGAGCUGCUAGAACACUGGCGAGUACAGACCCUGAAUAAGUGUGCUCGAAGCAUCCAGUUCUGCUGGCGGCGGCAUCAACACAGAAAGCUGGAGAAGCAGAGAUGGGCAGCCACUCUUCUCCAAGCAGCAACUCGAUCCUGGUUAACACGGAAACGGAUCCAAAGGCUACAUGCUGCUGCAACCUCUAUCAAGCGUGCCUGGAGGAAAUGGAGGGCCAAAAUGGAUUCCCUAGUAUCCAUAGAACUGGAUAAUGUGGAAGAAAGCUGCUUCAGCAGAGUGCCUGGGCCUCCACUGUCCACCACACUGCCAUGGCCUCCACGUUCCACGGUCCAGCUUUGGCCCCUGGGCCUUGUACUGUCAAACUCACCUGUGGGUGUAAUCGGGAUGCGGAGGAACCUGUCCCUGCAGGCCUGUCUACAGAUUCCUUGUCACAGCAACACCUACAAGAUAGAGGCCACCCAGCAUGACCAGGCUGGCAUCACCUCCAUCAGAGCAGUGCCCCAGGGUUCCAUCAGGUUUCACUGCAAGAAGUCACCCUUGCUCUAUGCCAACAUCAGCCCUGAGCCACAGAACUGUGACAUCACUGGUUUUAAUCAAAUCCUCCUGGACAGACACAGACUGAUUGAAGUGUGAUUUUUCUCUGGUUGUUGGCCCCCACCCCCGGCCCCUGUAUUGGGGGUGAGUCUCUGCACUUUUGCUAGGCCUCCAGAUGCCUUUGUGAGUUGCACAAUAUAUUCCUGACACCCAGUCACCUUCCCCCAGGGACUUGGAUUAUACCUGAGAGACCAAAUCUCCCUGUGUGCCCUGAGCCCAGCUUUGCUUUUAGAAACACUGACUUCGACCACAUUUAGCAGCUAGCUCUAAUGGGGAGGGCCUUCAGGCACAUGCUCCCUCCCCAGCCACAGUGUAGCUCCUUUCAGAUAGGAAAAGAAAAAAAGGGUCAAUGCAGAUUUUUUACAGAAGAACUAGGACUAUCCCUACCCUUGUGCCUACUGCUCUGUUGAGUAAAGCUAAAACUUAGCCACUCAGUUCUGUACAUUGUCCUGGGGGAAGGAGUGGGAAUGUGGCCCAAAUCAAACUAUUUAAAGUUACUUCAAAUGAUUAGCUUAUUCUGUAUCAAAGAUGAAUCAGCAAUUCCAUUUUAUUUAAAUGUUAUUACAAGUCACAUCCAGGAACAGGCUGAGCCAAGCUGAGGAUGUUUUAAUUCAGAUGCAUAUGAGAGGGAGACAAACUCUGCCAAAUAAGCCCCUCUCCUAGGCUUGUCUUGAUAUGUACUAUGAACAAAUAAAAUGUUUUUAAAAACCA